UUAAUAAUGUCACCGAAGAAUCAAGUUCAUCCUUUAAAUGACGAAGGUCGAAAUUACGACGUAGUCUCUGAGUAUUUAUUCGAUGCCACUUAUGAAGUUGUUCAAGAGUUAUUAAAAAAUAUCUUAAAUUCCGUAAAUCUGGAUGCCGCUACGAGGUUUAGUUGUUUGCAAGUUUUACUUCGACAAGACGUUAAGAAACUGGAUACAGGAAUCUUCCCCCAUUCCUAUUACGAAGCAAUAUUAAAAGUUAUAACUCAAAAGGGUACAGGCCUGCAGCAAUUAAACCUGAAAGGAGUGUGGGUUAGAGACCACCCGACACAACUCAGCGAGUUAGUCACAAACUUGACGAAACUAAAAAUUCUCGUUAUACCACACAUGGCAGACGAUCAAGUUUUACAAGCAAUAAGCAAAGCGCAGUCUUUAUCAGUUUUGGAUAUUUCAGGAGAGUGUUCGUUUACAAUAUCUGGCUUGAAGCUCAUCAGGAAUGAAACACUAACGUGUGUGGAUAUAGGAUAUUUCGGUAAAAAAUCCAUUUGUCAACAAGAUGAAUCGGAUUGUGACAUUAUAGCUGAAAUGAUCGAAAAUCUGCCAAAUCUUACUUGUUUGCGCACUUAUUCUUUCACGGGAACGUCUCUAUUGACGUUAUACAAGAAAAAUUUUAAACACAAAACCCGACUGAAAUAUCUGCACGACACCGGCACAACCGACGAGGUUAUUGAAGCAAUAAUCAACAUGUGUGAGCAGCUGGAAAGUAUCCAUUUAGACACGCCCCAAAAAGGAGUAAUCUGUCGAUUGAAGCAGCUCAAAAAAUUGAAUUGCAUCAAACUCGUCCAUCACGAUAGCGGCGAUCUAUUGGAUUAUCUGACCAAUUCAGGGACAGGGCUUCAGGUUCUCAAAUUAAACCACAAUAAAAGAAAUUCGCUGGAUUUGUGCGACGUCUGUUUAUGCGUUCCCAAUUUACACACUCUGGAAUGUUUUCAACUGAAAUUGGCUUUCUCGCAAAUGGACACUUUUUUCAUGAAUUUGGAAAACAUCGAGAUUCUUUAUUGCGACAUUUCAGAUUCUUCCAUCAAGUGUAUUUUAAUGAACUGUCCUUUUCUAAAACGUGUGAUAAUCGGAUGUGUAAUUAACAUGACCGAUGGAGACAUAUUCAGACUGUGUGCGGAAUGUGAUUUCUUGUGUUUGGAAGAGUUGUGGUUCUCUUGCGCACGGGGACUGACCUGUAUUUCGGUAGAACUUUUGAUGGGACAUUGUCCUAAUUUGAAAGUUUUGGGGCAAUUAAGCGGCUGGGAUAUCCACCAAGAAGAAAUUGAGUAUCUAAGAUCUGUGAUAUUGUACACAAACACUGACCUCACCUUGUUACCUUUGGGAACCUUUUCUUGAAUUAUUGUUGAUUUUAAAUAAAUAAAAUUGAGUAUU